UGUUGAUACACGUGAGGAGGAAACAUCAUCGAUUUCGCCGAUACGUAAAGUGCAAAAAACAUUUGGUGAACUUGUUAAAAAUUGAUCUUGAAGGAGAUUGUAAUCUUAAGGAGAUAUUUCGUAAGAAUUAUCGUAAGAAAGAAAAAUAGUUGACAAAAUAGUCCGCAAGUGGGUCGAAGGAAGAAACGAAAGAGCGAGAUGACGGAGAAGGAGAAAGAAGUUGAGGCAUGGAUCGACGAUCAAUAUAAAAAGUGAUGGGGAAAAACGUUGUUUGAAAGGACAAAUCUUACUAAAUGGAUACUGUGGAUUAAUAGUCUGGAGGCUGAGUGACUAUCUUGGUGUUCUAGUGUAAAGUUUGUCUAUUUCUUCAAUUAACAAUGAAGUGGUAAUUCAUGAGAAAAGAUUACAAAUCGGGCGGAGAAGGAUGAAGAAGAAGGCGCUCUCAAGAAUCUGGAGAGCCUUUGAAUUUCAAAAUCCAAAUUCGAAUCCAAAUUGAAAAUUAUCUAAGGAAUUUUUUUAAUCCAAUUAAAUCAAAAUAAGAAAUUUUUACGUCUAAACCAGAGGAAUCAAGGAACAUAUAAUCCAUGACAAUUUUCCUUUCCUGAUUUUUAGAAAUAUAUAUAAUUAUAUAAUUCAGCGAAAAAGAAAAGAAAAAUCUAAAAAAAUUUUAUUCUGGAAUCUCGAAUAAACUUGAGUAAUAAUAAUAAUAAUAAUAAUAAUAGAUCAGAGCGUGGAAAACUUAUGUUCGAGGAGCAUGAGUCGUUCGAUCAACAUGGAUCAAGAGAAGAAAAACAACGUGGAGAAUUUAAAAAGCGGCGGCUCGACGACGCCUGCGUCGCCUACGUUAUCGACGCCGCCAACGUUAAACUUGAUGGAACAGAUCCUUCUGGCGAAAAUUGAAAAGCAAAAUCUUCAUGAAAGCGACGAUCUUCACGAAUCGGAUGGCCGAGUUGGGGGGAAGAGAAGGAACAUUUUGUUAAGAAGAACGGAUUCAAUGGACAGUCAAAAUAGUGCGAGUACUUAUAAUUCGUUUUUGUCCAGUGAUUCGGCGUCUAGUGGAAAUGUUUAUUGCAAAUGCGACGACUGUUUGCUGGGAAUCGUUGAUGACUAUCAACGGAAUCCAUCGGUGGUUGGUAGAAAAAAGUCAUCAGGAUGGAGAAAACUUAGAAACAUUGUCCAUUGGACACCCUUUUUCCAAACCUAUAAGAAACAACGAUAUCCAUGGGUGCAAUUAGCAGGUCAUCAGGGAAAUUUCAGAGCAGGACCUACUCCAGGGACAAUUUUAAAAAAACUUUGCCCUCAGGAAGAAGCUUGUUUUCGUUUGUUAAUGAACGAUAUAUUAAGGCCGUACGUUCCAGAAUUUAAAGGUGUUUUAGAUGUGAAAGAUGUAGAAGAAGGUAAUGUCGAAGAAACAAAUUCAGAAGAAACUCAUCAGAAAGAUGGUUCUAGCGAUUCUGUAAUCAAAAGGACCGUAGUAUCCUCUUACUUGCAACUGCAGGAUCUUCUUGGAGAUUUUGAACAUCCUUGUGUAAUGGACUGUAAAGUUGGAGUUAGGACAUAUCUAGAAUCAGAGCUUGCAAAAGCGAAGGAAAGACCUAAGUUACGAAAAGAUAUGUAUGAAAAAAUGGUACAAGUAGAUCCAACCGCACCGAAUGCUGAGGAACGUCGUGUGCAAGGAGUAACAAAACCAAGAUAUAUGGUUUGGCGUGAAACGAUCUCUAGCACAGCAACGUUAGGUUUCCGCGUUGAGGGUAUUAAACUUGCACACGGAGGCUCGUCAAAAGAUUUUAAAACGACGAGAACUCGAGAACAGGUUACGGAGGCGUUAAGGCGUUUUGUCGAAGGCUAUCCGCAUGCAGUACCCAAAUAUAUUCAACGCUUAAAAGCGAUUAGGGCCACGCUGAAAGCAUCGCCGUUUUUUGCUUCACACGAGGUCGUCGGAUCUAGUUUGUUGUUUGUUCAUGACACCAAAAAUGCCGGCAUAUGGAUGAUUGAUUUUGCAAAAACGUUACCUCUGCCUCAACAUUUACCAAGAAUUCAUCAUGAUGCCGAAUGGAAAGUAGGAAACCACGAAGAUGGAUACUUGAUAGGUGUAAACAAUCUAAUAGACAUAUUUCAAGAUAUACGAAAUUCGGAAGAAACAUAGUUCCAUGAAUUUCUUUUUGGGAAGCAUAGGUUAAUGCUAUAACAAAAAAGGAUAUCGGAUUAAUAGACAUUGUAUAUUCUUAAUUUUAUAAAUGUAAAUUGCAUCCUUAUUUGUAUUGUAUUUCUAUGACUACUACGUAUUUCGUAAAAUUUUGUACAUAAAUUGAUACAUUGUCACAAUGUCUUCAAAACGAUAUCCUUUCAUAAAAAAACGGACCAAAGACGUGGUAGCUGUUGCUACCUAAGUAUUUCAUAAGUAUACAGUUUCCUACAAUGUAGAAAUAAUGCACAAAGAGAAUCUGUAAAAAAUAAUUUAAAUAACAUACUAUUAUGUAAUAAGUUUUAUUUAAUGCGUUACAUGCAACGCUGCCAAGAAUCUUCUUGAUACAAGAGAACGAAGAAACGUGUUUUUUUGUAUUUAAAAUCGUACCAUGCAUUUGUAAAUAAUUCGACACUUAUAAAAAAA